AUGGACGCCGAUGAGGCCGCGGGGAGCAGUAGGAGGAUGGAUCUGAACCUUUACCUCGGUCUUUUCAGCGGCCCGCGCCCGCGCCGCUCUGACCUCGGCUCCGACCUCGCCCUCAGCACCCCGAUGCCCUCCUCUCCUUCGUCCUCCGCCGCGUCCGUCGACGCGCCGCCGCCGCCGCCGCCGCCGCCGCCGGAGCCCCUGCACCCGCCGUACUCCCCCUCCCGCGCCGACCUCUCCCCUCCGCCGCCGGAGGUGUACUCCCCCUACAACCCCGAAGACUCGCCUGAUCCGGAUGCGCAUCUGUCGUGCAUGCAGCCUCCGGAACCGCUCACCCCCGGGCCGCGGAACAUGCCGCCUCCGGAAUCGCUUACUAUCUCGAGGAUCCGAGAGGGACUUCGGGAACUUCGGGAUGCCCUCCAUCCGCCGUCCCCGCCCCCGCCCCCGCUGGUGCGGGCCAGCGAACUGCUGGGGUGGGAGGACCGGCCUUCCUCGUCGACGGCCUCUUCAACUUUCUUCCCAGACGCUGCCGACCGAUACAGGCGGCUGCUCGAGCAGACUUCCAGCCGGUGGCUUCGCCCGAGGCGGUUCAGGUCUGACCUUCCACCCCUCAGCUCCGAGGCUCGCCCCUCUGGGCAGGACGCCGCCGAGCCGGUGCCCCAGCAUGAGCCUGCAGCUGAUGAUACUAAUGAAUUAAACAAGGUGGCUGUCAAUGGCUCAGAAUUAGGUGCCUCGCAGGAUUGCUCUGAGGAACGUGGCAAGACUGCUGCUGCAUUCGAGUGUAACAUAUGCUUUGAGAUGGCUAGUGAGCCGGUUGUCACUUCUUGUGGCCAUCUCUUCUGUUGGCCGUGCUUGUACCAGUGGCUGAAUGUUUACUCCAACCACAAGGAAUGCCCAGUCUGCAAAGGCGAGGUGACUGAGGCAAAUAUUACUCCUAUAUAUGGUAGAGGGAAUUCGGCUGCAGAGAAAACUGUGGAGGAUGGGAAGCCACCAGGUCCUACAAUCCCGCCGAGGCCACAUGGAAAUCGCCUUGAAAGCUUCAGGCAGCAAUUCCAUAAUAUGCGACCUAUCUCGACAGGGCUUGGUGAGGCGCAUGGGAUACUGUCAUCAUGGAGGCGUCUUCUGGAUCAGCAGAUUAUGAGCAGCGUGAGUAGGUUUGAAGGGCCGUCUGAAUCAGCCGUGCAAGAAGUAAAUGAAAUUCGUCAACGUGCUCGCCUAAGAGGAUUAGCAUUGACCACAAGGAUGAGAGCAAGGCGGUUGCAAAUAGAAGCCCAGAUGCGUCCUGAUGGUUCUUCCACUAACCCUGAUAAUGGUCUGACAGGAAACAAUGCAUCAGAAUCUCUGACAGGAAACAAUGCAUCAGAAUCAACAAGACGUUCAACAACACGCGUACCAGAUGGACUUGAAUUGUUGCAACGCCUUGCUUUUGGCACAGAAAGACUAGCUAGUGCCAUGAGUGACCUUACACGAAUUGCUUCACCAAGCCAAUAUGGAGGAUCUGCUUCAUCAUCGAAUCCUCAAAAUAAUGAGCCAGCAGUCGAUGGAGCUCGCAUGGCUGGAGCACCUUCUGCAGAUCAAGCAUCUAAUUCGAGCACUGUUGCUGUGAUAGAAGGGGAUGCUGGCAUCUCUGAGAGUGCAGGAGAGCCUAGCAAUGCAGGCUCUUCGAGAUCCUUGAGGAGGAGAGGGAGGAGCAAUGCCUUAGGUUCAUUGGAUGUGGAUGGUGGAGGCCUCCAACGGAACAAGAGACGCAGAAUGAACUGA